UGUUAAACAAAUUACCAAGAUUGUUCUAAUAGUAUCGGGACAGGGCCGAUAGGCUCAUCAUAUUAUUCGAUGUUACCAUUUUGCCCAACGGCCGGAAAAGAUGUUUGUUUUGUGACACAUUUAUCCAUUCCCGCGCCACCACUACGCCACCGCCGACCAAAAAUGUCCGUCUUCUUCCUCUCUGCUCCGCCGUCCAUCUCUGUCUUAAGCCACCGCUCUACCACCACCACCUCCGUCACCUGCUGCUCCUCUCUUCAGACACUACCGCAACCACUAUCGCAUCCACAACCGUCAUUAUCUUCACCGUUAUCGUCAAAUUCAUUGCUUACAAACUCUAAAACUUCCUCAGGAUGCUCGCUCAACUGUCCUCACUUCGAUUCGUGUUCAGGGUGUACUCACGAGGAUAAUCUCCAUCGUCCGGUUGUAUUACAAGAGGCCACUACCUUCUUUAAGAAGCUCGGUGUCUCCGAUUUCACUUUCGAUACUUGUAGGCUGUGGGGAUGGAGGUGCCGAGCGAAACUCGCCAUUCGCGGGUCAUCAACUGAUCCUCUGAUUGGGCUCUAUGAAGAGGGUACACACAAUGUAGUUGAUAUACCUGAUUGCAAAGCACAUCAUCCAAACAUAAAUGCUGCAGUGGAGCUGCUGAAAAAAGGUAUAAAGAUUCUAAACAUCGAACCUUAUGAUGAAGACGAACGGACUGGUUAUCUGAGAUAUGUUCAGAUGGCUGUCACUACAUACAACACAUCUCUCCCUGCUUCUGAAAGAUAUAGAAGUGGUAGAGUACAAGUUUCUUUAGUUUGGAACGCACGAAGUGAGACGUCGGCAAGUUCAGAAAAGCUAAACAACUUAGCUACGUUCUUGUGGAGAAAUGGGGGCCCAAACAGUGAAGUUCAUUUAAUUCAUUCUGUUUGGGCAAACUUCCAAACAUCAACUAACAAUGUAAUUUUCGGAAAUAGAUGGAGGCAUCUAUUAGGAGAAAGAGAUUUCUGGGAGCAUGUUGGAGGGAUCGAUGUUUAUUUGCCUCCAUCGAGCUUCGGUCAAGCAAAUACAAGGGCCUUUGAUUCGUUGCUUCAAAAACUACAUAAAUAUGUCCCUAUUGGUUCAUCGGUGACUGACUUAUAUGCUGGAGCUGGAGUCAUUGGAUUAUCACUGGCUUCCACAAGGAAAUGCAGGUCAGUUAGAUGCGUUGAGAUUAAUAAAGAAUCUAAGCUUGCUUUUGAGAAGACAAUUGACCGGUUGCCAAGCUCCCUUGACAGCAGCAUUAGCUGGCAUCAUGCUGACACUUCAAUCGAACCACUUUCUUGGCUUGUGGGGUCAGAUAUUCUUGUGGUUGACCCUCCUAGAAAGGGGCUUGACCCGUCUUUGAUUGGUGCUUUACGGGACAUUAAAUCAGCAGAGCGUAAAGCCAUGACACUUGAAAGCCCAACCUUCAAGGCGAAAGAUGAAAAAAGACCUUGGAUAUUACGUGCAAGAGAAGAUUCAGUUCAGAUUCCUAGCAGAACCACACAAGAAGAAAAUCGGUCAUUACCUCAAACACUUAUAUAUAUAAGUUGUGGCUGGGAAAGCUUCAAAGAGAAUUGCACGGCCUUAUUGUCAAGCAAGGCCUGGCAUUUGAGUAAAGCCCAUGGUUUCAAUUUCUUUCCUGGUACCCAGAGCAUUGAAAUUUUGGCUGUAUUUAAGCGAGGACCUGGAGCAAGUGUCAAGAAAAAGAAAUCCGGGAAGAAGAAAAAGAAGAAUAAACUCGAGAAACAAUCCUAAGAUGUAACCUUUUUUGUGUACAACCAGCUAAACAAUGCAAUCUUAAGCGUAAUAAUAGGAAGUAUUUUAUCUUUUUGUGUCGAUA